AUGGUGGAUGCAACGGUGAUCCCCGCUACCGCAUGGGAAAUGGAAAUUGGGGCCGCAGGAUCUAUGGGGCGCAAAUAUCAGAGCAUUGAGAGUCGAGAUGGGUGUGUACUGGUCACUGUGGGCGAUAUCACCAGUUGGGUGGUGACCCUGCAUGAUCGCGAAAGAGGAGACCCACCACGGUUCAACCUGCCAAAUCCAGAUCCGACGACACAGAAACCCUGCAUGAUGGUCGUCAUGGCCUGCCUAGUUUCAAUAGGACUCCUCCAUGGGUUCGGUAUGCCCCGUGGGCUUAAGCUCUAUGGGCACAGAUGGGACGAGGGUCUUGUCACACCUGCUGUCGCCACGGGCGAGAUAAAGUUAGGAGAUGUUCCCCGCACGGACUAG